AUGAAGUCGGGUGCAGUGGUAAUCUGCGUGGUGAUUGGGUUCCUCUUUGGCGUCGGGUUCUAUCAUUGGGUCGUCCUCAGAGGACAGUUUCCUAAUUUUAACAGUUAUCCUCAAUUUUUUCAAGUUUCCUCCACUUUGAACUUGAACAAAGCAAUUUCUACACAAUCAGCAACAAAAAGCCCUCAUGAUAACAAGUGCCUCGAAUCUUACUUCCCUGUCGACGAGGUGGUCAAGGGUGCCCUGCUACAGGAUGACCCCCGCCUGUUGACCUUUAUCCGACAAAAUUACCUCCAUCCCCCCUCCGUCCCCGCCCAGCCUUACAAUUUAACCUCAAAUGUCGAAGACACGUCGAUGGGUCAGACAAAAAUGGUUUUGAGAGCACUUAACCAUGCAAGAAAUGGAUUCUUUGUCGAAGCUGGAGCUUUAGAUGGAGAACUGCGAUCAAACACUUUAAUGCUGGAGAGGCAAUUUGGCUGGAAUGGCUUAUUAGUCGAAGGUGAUCCCAAGAAUUAUGCCUUACUCUUACAAAAAUAUAGAAAAGCGUGGUCAACUCCGGCCUGUCUUGCGACUCGUGACCAGCCUCAUCAAGUUUUAUUUGAGCAAGCCUUCAAUCGUGGCAGAAUUUCGCCACGAAACAUGAAACAGCGCAUGCAACAGGCCGAAUUUCGGUCGACCCCACCUCCAGGGACCACUUUGUCUCAAUGUUUUCCCAUAUUUUCCCUCCUGGCGGCUCUGAAUGUGACGGAAGUCGACUAUUUUUCACUGGACGUGGAGGGGGCCGAAAUCGACGUUUUGUCCUACAUCCCAUUUCACCGGGUUCGAAUUAAAGUUCUCUCUGUCGAAUUUCUCCACACGCCUGGAGGGAGGGAGGCUUUGAGGAAAAUGAUGGUGUCGAAAGGUUACCGGGUAUUUGGCGAGGUCAGAGAUCCUCGCCACAAUUGGGCGAAUGAUAUCAUCUUCAUCCAUAAUUCACUUGUCCCCUGA